GAGAACAAAAGUUUAGAUUUAGGAAAGCUAAAAAUGGACGCAGCAGAGGUCAACUUAGUCGGUCUGGUUGACGGUGACCCUGAUGGCGAUGAAUUUUACGAUGCUUGGGAUGACCAGCAACGCUUGAUCCCAAUUGAUGAGGACGAUGAUGUGGAUUUUAAAAGACCACGACGAGAGGGGAACGCUGGAAAGGUGUGCGCUGGUUUAUACGCCCUGUUUUUGACUGUGACAGGAGUCGUUAUAUCAGUCUCCCAGAUUUACACCGAACAGGUGACAACUGCAAACAAAAAUUGGUUCAAUGUCUAUUUAUCGAGUGUUGGUAUCUUUUGUUUGUUCGCCCUCAUCACGCUUUCCACAAAGACCAAAGUGGAAAGGAAUCUCCAUGCCGGCAGUCUGUACCUCAAAUUUGGAGCCACUUUGUUCGGGCUUGGCUUCGCGAUGGACGCCGUCAUAGAUUUCCUUGCUCAUGACUGGAAAGAGAAGAGUGGGGUCGGCGUGGUGGAGCCUGUUCUGCGCUUCCUGUUAAUUAUCAUCUUGAUCGGAUAUCUGCUCAACUACGUCAAUACUGUGUACCUUGAACACAAGUGGUUGGUCAACCUGUCCGUCAUGCACCUCGUGGCCACCAGUUUGUGCGCAUGGGCAGAUGUACUGAUCUAUGAAACUGCGGAAGACUUGAAGGGCGUGAAGAAGCGCGAAAAGACGGUUACCAUGUGGUUGAAUCCUGAAUGGGUCCAUUCUAUCGAUGGUUUUGUCAUUUCGGGUAAAUAA